AUGUGUGUGUUUCCCCAGAAGUUUCGGGGAUGUAACCCCACAUGUGGGGGGGUAGACCCCGCAACUGACGUGAAUUGUGAGGCGUCUCACGAACUUCCCCAGAAAAUCCAGGAAUGUAACCCCACAUGUGUGGGGGUAGCCCACGCAGUUGGGGUGAUGGGCGAGAGUGUGAUGGGAGGGAGUGUGAUGGGCGAGAGUGUGAUGGGAGGGAGUGUGAUGGGAGGGAGUGUGAUGGGAGGGAGUGUGAUGGGAGGGAGUGUGAUGGGAGGGAGUGUGAUGGGAGGGAGUGUGAUGGGAGAGAGGGUGCUGAGAGGGAGUCUGAAGGGUGGAAGGGUGUUGAGAGGGAAUGCGAUGGGAGGGAGUGGGAUGACAAUAGGCGCUCGGGUACGGAGUGCGAUGGGAGGGAGUGCGAUGGGAGGGAGUGGGAUGGGAUGGAGUGAGAUGGCAGGAGGCGUGAUGGUAAGGAGUGUGCUCGGAAGAAAUGUGAUGGGAGGGAGUGUGUUGGGAGGAGGGAGUGUGUUGGGAGGAGGGAGUGUGUUGGGAGGAGGGAGUGUGUUGGGAGGAGGGAGUGUGUUGGGAGGAGGGAGUGUGUUGGGAGGAGGGAGUGUGUUGGGAGGAGGGAGUGUGACGGCACGAGGCGCGGUGGCAUGUCCCCUUGUGGCAGCAGUAGGCAUGGCGGGGGUCCCACUCAUCAUGCACUGGGAAGGAGGCACAUGCCAUGCCGACACUGACGGUGCCACCCUUUGUGCCGCCAUGCAUCAUGCCCCCUCCCGUCGUCUCUAUGCAAUGUGCUGGGAAGGGGAAGGAGCCACAUGUUAUGCCGUCACUGGUGGUGUUGUCACUGGCAACGCCGACACCAGUUGGGCCACAAUCAGCAAUGCCACCACUCGUGCAGCCGUGCAGCACGCCUCCUCCCGUCGUCUCUGUGUGAUGCGCCGGGAAGGAGACACAUGUGGUUCCAUCACUGGCAAUGCCGUCACUGGCGAUGCCAACACCAGCUGUGCCAUAAUCAACAAUGCCAUCACUCAUAGAACCGCCAUGCAGCACGCAUCCUCCCGCCAUCUCAACAUGAUGCUCUGA